GUCAAGCAUUCUUUCUACCGCCCGCCAUGAAGGUCGCCGCCCUCCUCGGACUGCUUCCCGGAGCUGCCCUUGCUUCUGAUGUGCUGAGCGUCGCCUUCUACGCCAGGGAGAAGACCCAGCUGUACGACUUCAUCUCUGCCAACAGCGAGAUCGACUAUGGUUGCCACCCACAGGUCCUGGCCGCGGGCAACGAGCACAAACUGCACGCCAUCAUUUCAAAAGACCAUCUGGAGCACUUCAAGCGCAGCCUAGACCCAGAGCUUGUCCGUGUCGAGCGUUUGGACAAACUGAACAAGCGCCAGGCAGCCACUGCGCCCAUAGGCAAAGGCGACCGCUUCAAGGGAGGAAAGAUUGCGCCUCGCGGUCUCGGUACUCAGAAGCCCAGUGAAUACCUUAAGCUCCAAGAGGCGGGCGUCAUGAACGCAGAUGAAGUCUACACGGCCAUGAAGGGUCUGGAGAAGGAGUAUGGCAUGCCUCUUUUCACCACGCCCUACAAGACCUUUGAAAACAACACCAUCAUUGGCGGUGUUGCGAACAAAGCCGAGAAGAUCAACAAAGACAAGCAGUACAUUUACUUCACGAGCGGAAUCCAUGCUAGAGAGCGCGGCGGACCAGACAACCUAAUCUACUUUGUCUCCGAUCUGCUGUACGCCAACAGGCACCGCAUUGGCCUCACCUACGGCAACAAGACGUACACCAAUAGCCAGGUCAAGAAAGCUCUCGGCGCAGGCGUUGUCUUCAUCCCCAUGCUGAACCCCGACGGCGUGCGACACGACCAAGCCAACAGCAACCUGUGGCGCAAGAACCGCAAUCCCGCAUCAUCACGACCCGGUGAGCCCCUCAGCGUCGGCGUCGACCUUAAUAGGAACUUUGACUUCCUCUGGAACUUUACCGAAAAGUUUGAUCCCUCGGUUUCGCCAGCUUCCACCAACCCAGCCUCCCAAGCUUUCUACGGCACGGCGCCCUUUUCCGAGCCCGAGACCAGAGACAUGGCUUGGGUGUACGACCAGUACCCCAACAUCCACUGGUACAUUGACGUGCACUCGGCCGCAGGCACGCUCCUGUACUCAUGGGGCGACGACAUAAACCAAUCCCAAGACCCCAAGCAGAACCUAUUCAACCCUGCGUACGACGGCAAGCGUGGCGUCGUCGAGGACGACCUGUACAGAGAGUACAUUUCGCAGGAAGACUGGGACAACGUUCGCACUGCCGCGAACCGCACGACCGACGCCAUGAUGGCUGUGGGCGGCCGCCAGUACGUGCCCCAGCAAGCCGUGGGCCUGUACCCUACAUCUGGUGCGAGCGACGACUGGUCGUUUAGCCGCUGGCACGGAAACAAGAAGCUGAACAAGGUGUAUGGGUACACAAUGGAGUUUGGCUAUGCCACCAAUUUCUACCCUACUGCCGAGGAGUUUGUGCAGAACAUUAUUGAUACGAAUGCCGGAUUUAUGGAGUUUAUUCUCACCGCCGAUGAGAUUGGGCUCAAGGCUUAGGGCUUGACGUCUUUUUCUAUCGAGGUAGUGGUAGAAGGUGGCUUGACGGCAAGUUGCUGAGGCGAUGGGAUGAAUUAUGAAAAACAGAAGCAAUUGUUGUUGUAGCAGUAGUCUUAGAGUGUAGUAGUAUUAGUCAUUAAUGCAUUGCCCG